AAUGUGCGUCGAGGAAGGGAGGGGGUGAGGCAAUUGGGCGUCGAGGCGAAGUUAGGUUGACGAAUGGCAACCAACAGAGGACUACGAGUUAAAAAUUGGAUUAUUUGAUCAUCUGACUGGCUUUAACGUUACAUGAACGGACGUGGAGCACGUUGAGGGGAAACCGCAGAUGAUAUUGUUGAUUUUGGAGGCCGCCGUUCCGUUUGGAUGUGUUUCGGGAAGACCCUCGCGUCUCGCGCAUAGGUCGCGCGACAGAUUAGCUGCGGCGUGCUGAGACCGAGUUCAAGAAAUCACAAGUUGCACGCGCGAGAGGAAGACCCUUCCGCGCGAUUGUUAUUGCUGCCCGCCGAGAAAUUUGGACAUUUGGAUCUCCUGCUAUGACGUAGUUGGCGUUUCGUGACACAUUGUUAAUUCAGUUGCAGUUACAUCUGAUGGAGGCCCUAAAGUACCUGCUUAAAUAAUAAUAAUAAUAAUAAUUUCAUAUUAAUGGAUGGCAGCCACUGCAUAUUUGACAGAUUGAGACAUUUUUCAGUCGAUUGAUUUUUGUGUUCAGUUCCGUUUCCCAGGACAACCAGACUAUUGAGAAAACUUGCCAUCCACGUUUGCGAUUUUUAUGUCAUUCAAAUUUAUUUGAAUUAUAAUACGUGGUCAGGAUUUACUUAUGGCUUUUGAUGGUGGAACUUGCUCAUCUGUCUUGAAUCCAUUGCCUCAUGGAGUUUCAGUAUUUCACGUUUGAUAGGAUGUAAGGAAGUCACAUCUUAAGCACCAAAGAUGAUGGACUUUAUUGUAAAAUACUUCAGCUACUAGUCCAAUGCUUCUUAACAAAAGCAACCUGGAUGUCUAAGACCUGUUAAGUGAGACUGUCUUAUUUAUUCAUAAUAUUAUUCAUUACGCUUGCUACUUAAAUAUCCAUAUUGAGGAUUUGCUGUGAAUGUCCUUUGAAUCUCCAACAGAUGGUAAAACUUUAUAGACACUUCUCAGAGCAUCAUUGGUUUCAGAAACGUCUCAAUGUCGGUGGAUGAAGCCAAGUUAAAAAGUUCUGCUUUUUACACAUAGGAGAGACGAUUACAAACAAGCUGCACUGAAAGUAAAAGUGUAUUGAGUAAAAAAUCCGGUAAAAAUGGCAAGUGAAUGCACCUACAGUGCUCAGUAUGACACUGAUGACACCUUUCGCACUACUAAACUCUCAGCGGACGAGCAGCGGGAACGCGCGGGUUAUGUGAACGGCGGCUGCGCGUCCCUCUCGUCUUCUCUCUUCGAGGUCAUCGGCGGCUCUCUUUACCGUAGAAAGUUGGAGAAGGGUUUCGUCCAGUAUCGGGAGGUGCUGGCUGAAGACAAGCGACUUCAGUCCAUAGCUACUUUCCACGAGAAGAGACCCGGCAAGUCGCACCACACCCUGGAGGACACAUACAGACUAGUGGCCGAGCACUAUUGGUGGGAAGGAAUGUAUUUUCAGGUCAGAGACUAUGUCUUUGGCUGUGAGGAAUGCCAACGCAGUCAGUCUGAGAGAUCAGCGUGUUCCGAUGUGGGACUUAUCUCCAGGAUGGUGGAAUCGCAUAGUCAUCAAGUCUUAAGUAAACUUAAUAGCCAACGGGAAGCAGGGCUUUUCUGUGAUAUCACACUGAAAACUGGUGAUGGCCAGUCUUUCGUCGCCCACAAAGCAGUCCUUGCCGCGGUGAGCGAGUACUUCCAGGAGUUAUUUACUGAAAUGGACUCAGCCACAGAUCCCCAGUCACACGUUGACCUCACAGGAUUCAGUGAGCAGAGCCUGCUUGCUUUACUAGAGUUCUCUUACACUUCCACCCUCAAUCUGAGUCUGGACAUCUUGACGGAGGUUUGUGCCAUGGCCCGCCAUCUACGCAUGUGGCCUGCCCUUGAGGCUUGCUCUGCUAUCAAAAGGGAGCAAGAGACUUGUCAGUUACAUUCCAGAAUGCACAGUACUCCUGGUGAACCAAAUAGUUCAAUGCCUGGACCUUUCAGGAGAGACCACUCCUCAGCUUCAGGAGGGAAAGUGGGACUCAAAAGGAAGAGAGAGGAUGAGGAAGGAGAAGGUUCUGGGUCUUCCUGGAACAUCCAAGCACAGUACAGUGAGCAGAUUGUUGAUAAGGUAACGGAUGAAUCUGAAACAGAAACCUCAAAUCCUCAGUUCCAACGGCAAGUCCCGUUCAGUUUUCAGGUUGAGGAAAAUGGCUUUCCAUGCAGCCCAAAUCGCAGAAUGAAGCUCAUGGACUUCAAAUCUCCAUCCUGCAAGAAAAAAACUGCCUCUCGCCCCACAUCUUCAAUCAUCUCAACAUCUCCUUGCACCUCUACUCGUUCUUCCUUUCCAUCACGCCGUCUGCUUCGUUCUUCACCUGGCGCUGCACUUGCUUUGCGCAGACUCCUGCCGAAAAUUGACCUCUCCACUAAGAGAAAGAGGAAGUCCUCUUCCUACCGGGCAUAUAAGCCUCAGUGUGAAUUCUCAGUGACUCCGUCCCAAUCUCAGGCAACUUCUUUGACCCAUGAUACCUCAGUAAAGGUAAAGGAGGAGUAUGUGGAGGAGAAGGUAUGUAACAAAGUCCCUCAAGAAGAGGUGCACAGUCCCCGUGCUCAGGAGAAAUAUCGUCUUCUUAGCUUCCUUGGCUUGCAGAGGAAAUCCCUGUUGCCCGGUCCAGAAGAACUGUCCGGUUGGGGGCAGAAAAAACGACUUAGGAAGUUAAAAGUAAGUGAUUAUUCACUCACAGCCCGGCGGAAACCUCGUGCACAAGGCGUCCCAUUGGGAUUCGGAACCAGUUUAGGGGUGCUUGCUGCCGUUAAUCCUUCUCUGUCUCUCUGUGACAUGAGCAGAAUGGACUUGCUGAACAGACCAGUGAAAAUAGAACUCCAAGAAUCUUGGAACCAAGAAAGGUCCAAAAGGAAAAGAAAUGAUCCUGUGCAGCCAAUUGCAAGAGCUACACGUAGCAGGUCAUUGCUGCACACAGACUCCAGUGCAAUCGUUCAAACGCUCAGACGUCACCAUAAAAAUCAAGAUAAAGCACCUUCCCAGCCUGCACGAAGAGGUAGAGUACCAGCACACAAUGCCUCGUCCCCUUCAAAAAGUACUAUGCUCAGGAUAAAACAAGAAUCUUCAGACAGUGCCAUCCUGCAACCUAUUCACCGUCGCAAUACUGUCUGUAGCCCCCAGGCAACUCCUCCUAAAGCACCCGGACGUAGGGGUCGCCCACCAGCAGAUCGCACAGUAAGGGUAGCCACAACAAAUUUGCAGCACACAAAGCGGCACAAACCUGGGCGUCCCCCAACAGGUAAACCUAAGAGUUCAAAACAAAUAGAAAGCAAAACAAAAUGCAACCGUACUACAAGAGUGCCACAAGCAAAGCACAGCAGAAUUGGAAGAGGAACACAGGUGAAGGAAAACAGAAAAAUAAAGGAACAUUCGAAAAGAAAGGACAGUCCUGAAGUUCAGUAUGGUGUCAUGAACUGGGAUGCUUCCAACCAUCAGCAUCUUCACAGCCAUCCUCUUUACAAAACAAUAAAGGAAGAGCCAGCUGACCCCUUGCCCCUAACCCAGCCAUUUCCAACCAGUGAUCCCUCAGACCUGGGCAAGCGUCAGAGCAAACCGCCCGUCAAACUGUUGGAUCAAGGCUUCCUCUUUGGGUUCUGUCGGCAGCCAAGUGGCAUCAAACGAGAGGAGGAGAGCAUGGACAUCUAUCUGACUCGUUCGGUCUCUCAUGGAAGUAGUUCCCAUUGCGAUUCAUCACCUGGCAUGGGGAGAAGAGAUCGGGUGAGGGCCAGAAUUAUGCCAGAUCGGACAGGCCUAAAUGGGCCUCACUGGGCAGGACUUGGCAACAGGCACUCACCCUUUUCCCAAAGGAUUGCUAUUCGAGUGAAGACAGAGAGGGAUGAAACCAGCGUGUCCCGAGGGUCACAGGUUAGCCGAGUUUCUAGACACCCCCAAGUUAGCAAGAGGAGCUGUAAAGUCAAGAAAGAACCUACAAAGACAAAGAAUGUAAAUAAGCUGCUUCCUCUGAGCAGUCGCCGUUCCGUCCUACUGGAAUCUAUCCGACGGGCACGUCUGAAACAGCAGAAGAGUCCUCACAGUCGGACCUCCAGUGGAGCACAUGCUUGCCUGCAGUGCAGAGCCACCUACAGGGAUUGUGAUGCCCUUAUUAUGCACCGGAUCAAGCACAUUGAAGGCAAACACUGGCCCUGUCCGUUGUGCAGCAAGACUUUCUUCAGACAGAGAAAUGUGAGGAAUCACAUAAGGACACAUAAUCCCAAGCUCUACAAAUGCCGCCAGUGCAUUGCUGCUCAUUGAGGUGAAAAGACACAGGAUUAAAUGAAGAGGAGCAAAGCUUUGUUUCUUUAAAUAUUAACGCUGUAAAUACCAAGGAUCUGUGAUGUAUGACAAUGAGGUUGAAUUUAUUCAUGUAAAUAAUGUCAUGAUGGUUUAAAUGGUCCUUUUCCUCACAAUAAUUAUUAUUUAAGUAACUAAGCUGAAGUUGCUUUGCAAUUGAUACAGAUGUGUUAAACCAGAACUUGAACCCAUGUUGUUUUUCUCAGGGGGGCAGAGACUGAUGGUCAAGGUGAUAUAUGUAUAAUGAGAAUUGUGUAGAAUGCUUUAAAUUUGUUAUUACUAAUGUAAUUACUACAGUUGUUAUUUCUAUUGUUAUUAUGAUUAUUUUUUAUAAAUGGCAUAAUCUUGAGUGCACUUAAUGUUAGCUUUGUUUUGAAACCUAAGAAAGAUGCGAUUGACUGGGAUGUACUUGAAUGAUGGAGUGGAGCCAGUGGACUGCCCUAAACGUGUGGUUGUCUGGCAUUGUUUUAGAAAAACUAUUACAGAAAUUAGUCAGGAAUUUUUAAAUGAAGGUUGGGUAAAAGGAGUUAGUUAUUCUAGAAGUCACAAAAUGGUUAGCCUGCAUUGGUGAAAUGCCAUUAUUUGGGUAUAUACAAUUUUGUGAAAACAUUUGUUUGAUUACAACUUUUCAAAAUGAGACAGUGACUGUGUCUUUUAAAUAAGGGAAUCCCAAAAUGUCUAAUGUGAUUUUAUUUUUUUCCCCCCCUCCCCUCCUUUGAUAAUUCCUUGUCUGACUUUUUAUGCAUAUCCUUCUUUAACAUACAAUGCAAUGGACUUUAAUGAAGAAGUUUUAAAUGUUGAAGUGUUUUGUCUGAAACACAAGUUUAAAAUGUAGAACGACCAAAUAGCCAUAUAAAUAAAUUUUGCAUUUUAAAAUUUA